AUGGCCUCCCUCAGCUGCUUGGAGGGCUUGCGGCGUCUAGCGAAUGUCAACCGUUCCGUGGAGUCUUCAGAAAAACUGAUCCAAGAAGAAGGCUCCGAGGCCCUGAGUGACGCAGAGCGUAAAGCACUGAGGAGAGACGGAUGGGCUGCCGCCCAACUUGCUGCGCAGGCUUUCUUGCGCGAGUGGAUGCAGGCUCAUCCAGGGGAAGCGCUGCCUGAAAGCAUCUUCGUUGCUUGCCAGGAGGCCGUCAAUAGACAACUCCCACAUCUUUUUAGCGGGCGAGAGGGUGGUGAACUCUUAUCCUUUGUGCGAUACGCCCACAAGGAUCUGCUUCGCGUGGAGGACCCGCCGAAGCGGCUCCGCUCUACUGCAGAUUGGGAAUCCAUCUUCCCACGCUAUCCAACACUUGAUGACGGGUACCUCAAGAGCUUUGAAGCAUGUGAUUCUCAGGGAAUUCGCCAAGCUCUGGAUAAGUAUGGCUUCUGCGUCGUCAAGGUACUGUCGAGGCAGGAAUGCGAGGCGAGCAUAGUUGCGAUGUUUGAGGAGAUCAACUUGCUCCGCGCGCAGAAGGGUAUUGAAGGCCCAGCUGUUGAUGUUGACGACCCCUCAACAUGGUUCGACAAGAACUGGCCCUCAUCCUGCAAAUUUCUUGUUGAUGAUGUGGCCUUGCACAAGCAGGCCUUUGCAAACCGACGCUCCCAGAGAAUCUAUCAGGCUUUCUGUGGUAUCUGGAGAGAGGAGCAGCUGCAUGUCUCUGUGGACAAAUGGGGGGUCUCACGUGGCGCGAUUGAUCGGCCAAGGUGGAGGGUUGGGCUAAAGCCUCACUGGGAUGUGAACCCCUGGCAGUGCGUAAGGGACUGGGAUGCCGGGAUUGACCCAGGCUAUCAAGGUGUUGUGGCCUUGAGGGAUCAGGAUUUGGAGACUGGCUGCCACCUUACCCUCCCUGGCUGCACGAACUUCCUCCGCCAGUGGUGCCUUGAAAGACGCUUCGAGAAGGUGUCAAACUCCUCAAAAUCCUUCCGGGCAUCAGAGGAGGAUCCAAUCCUGCAGUACAUGCAACCGGUGCCAUUGCGUCAAGGUGAGAUGGUUAUUUGGUCAUGCGCACAGCUACAUGGUAGCACACACAACCUCAGUGGCAAGAUGCGGCUGGCCCAGUACAUCCGCAUGUUCCCAGCGCCGAAAGUUGGCGGUACGGCAAAUUACGACGAGAAAGAUAACUUCAGCUGUACCCGGGUCCUGCGCCGGGCUUUGAAGAAAGGCCAGCUGAGCUGGAGCGACCUCGAGGAUUUACAGCUUGACCCACUGGGCCGACAGCUGUUGGGUGUUGACCUGCUUCACGAAGACUAA